AUGUCGCCCUCGAAACCAAAGCCGUCAGAAAUAGCAGCAGAAGCGAAGCGAGUCUGGAUGCCUUACAUCUGGAAAAACUACAUCAAGGACUCGAAAACUUCAUAUCUCUACCCGGAUGCCACACACAUAAGAGCAAGUUCCGAAGGGCGGUCGACACAACGGACAAGGGUAGCGGUCAUGGAGGGGGACCCAGUAAACUACGCUUUAGGCUGGUACCAGAGCGCAGCAAGUUCAAUUUGCAAGAAGAUUCCUGUCGUCAACGUUGCAAACGAGAAGCGCGCGGGAGGCGACUGGGAGUCUGGGCUCAUUGCGCCGGAAGAGUGCUUUGCGCGGAGAAGCAACCUCGUACACGCUCUCACCAUGCCGUGGAACGCGCAGCUGGGAAAAGAGGAGAACUUCUACCCGAUACCACAGAGAGGAGGCAUAUACUCGCCAGAGGUUUUCGUCUUCAGAGGCGGCGCAGACCAAGACUACGCUCCCUUCUCCGAGAUCCAAUCCCUGCCCGUAAUAUCCGUUGCGCCGGUGCGCCGCCCUAAACUUGACGAAUCUGGCACAAAGUACUCGUUCAGCCAAGAGCGCGAGCUCAUGUGCGAGAAGAUGCGCGCCGUGCUUCGCAUUGCCUCGUACUGCGGGCACCGCAACCUCGUGCUGGGCGGCUUCGGUCUGGGUCCCAUAUUCCGCAACCCAGCGACCGAGGUGGCGCGCAUGUGGCGGAAGCUGCUGUUCGAGGACGACGAGUUCUACGGCGUGUUCCAGGACAUUGUCUUUGCGAUUGACAGCACGCUUGUGGGCCCGCCGGGCAAAGGAUGCGCGAGCGAUUUGGACGUCUUCAGACGCGAAUUCGACCCGAGUAGUAUCUUCCCUGUGCGCUUUCAGGCGCGCGUCUGA